CUUAUCGUCGACGCAAACGAGGUUGCGUCUGUCGGUUACAUCAGUGUUAUCAGUGCCGCCUGAUAUUAUCGCGGAAUCUAUCGCGCCUCUUCAUUCUAAUAAUCAUUCUCACAUUCAUUGCUAACGAAUAUCGAUUUUCUUUCGUGAGAUUGAAAGCACACACUUAGCAAGUAUACGCAGAAGUAUACGCAGUAUCCCACCAAAUAUGUGCUUUCGCAAAUUUAUUAAAUGGUGCUUUGAAUCGUCUCUUAUAAAUCCUACGUCAAUUAAGGCCAAUUUUUCCAACCAAUACUUAGUAAGCUAACAGUAAAAUCGUCUUUUUUUUGUCUAAUUUGAAGAAAAAACGAAGACAAAAUUCAGCUGUUUUUAGUUUACCAACAGGUUGGAGAAGUCGGCCCUUAACAAAGCGUCUUAGCGAUGGCAAAAUUGAGAACGCGUACUGCGUGAUGAAUAUCGCAUUUUCCGCCGCCUCUUCUACGUACGCUCUUUUCCCCGCAUUUGUAAAGCGCGUCGCUUAGUAAGACAGACGUAAGGAGGAAGUAAUAGCAUCGCGUGAUAAUAGGAGGGGGUCCCGCGACGUCAACGACGACAACGACGUCGAUCACGACGAUGAGGAGUAGGGUAGGGUAGGAUAGGAUGCGGGGAAAACGGCGGCGUGGGCGCCUGCUCGCGGCGCUACGGUCCUGUGCCUCAGACCCAUUCACAGAAUGAACGAACCGCCUGCGUUUCGUUCGUGUAGUCACUCAGUAGUGUCAUGGAGGUAACAUGGCCGAGGAGACGCGCCUAGUCCGCGUUGAAGAGAGGCUAAAGAUCAAAAUCGGAGAAGCAAAAAACCUUCAAAGUCGAAGUCAUGGGUCUCCAGGUACACGAGAUGUAUAUUGCACAUUAUCGCUUGACCAGGAGGAAAUAUUCAGAACUACGACUAUGGAAAGAACUCUCAACCCAUUCUUUGGAGAGGAGUUUCAGUUUGAGGUACCCAGAAAAUUUCGUUACCUUGGCAUUUACGUGUACGAUCGGGAUAGACAUUUAAAGCAGGAUAAGAUUUUGGGAAAGGUAGCAAUAAAGAGAGAAGAUUUAGCAACAUAUCAUAACAAAGAGCAUUGGUUUCCUUUGAAACCAGUCGAUGCUGAUUCUGAAGUCCAAGGCAAAGCACAUUUGGAGUUAGCUUUGCAACCUCAAGUAGGACAUGCUCAGCCUAAACUUACAAUAAAAGUAAUAGAAUGUAGUGAACUAACCAUUAAAAAUGGUAGCUGUGAUCCCUUUGCAACUGUUACAGUCAUCUAUAGCAAUGGUAAGCAAAUAUCAAAACGCACAAAAGUUAAAAAGAAAACGUCGUCACCGCAAUUUAAUGAAACGUUUGUGUUUGAGCCGGAAUUAACAGAGACCAAGGACAAGGAUGUCUCUCAUUAUUCUAUUGAAGGAGCAGAAGUUGGAGAAGUGGUUGUUGGUCUGUGGCAUGCAUCUCCUGGUAUGGGAGAGCAAUCAGUAUUCCUUGGUGAAGUACGAGUUACUCUAAGAGGUUUACAAAGACAGCCAACCAGUACAACAACCGCAUGGUAUUUUUUACAACCUAGAGCAGCAAAACAUCGUCCAAGUAAAAUUUCAAGCAAUUCAACACCACCUGGUACAUUACCAGGUUUGGGUUCGUUACGUUUGAAGAUACACUACACAGCUGAUCAUGUCUUUCCAUCUGAAAAAUACGAUAGACUCAGGAGUUUAUUACUACAGAGUGUAAAUAUUCAGCCUAUAACAUCAUCGGCUGUUUACAUAUUGGGUGAAAUUGUAGCUAGUAAAAUGGAAGCUGCACAACCGUUAGUUAGAGUAUUGGUGCAUCAUGGACAACUGGUGUCUGUAAUGCGAGCGCUUGCUAGUCAUGAGAUUUCUAAAUUAACUGACCCAACAACAAUUUUUCGCGGUAAUACAUUAGUGAGCAAAAUGAUGGACGAAGGCAUGAGAUUAGCGGGUCUUCAUUACCUGCAUAGUACUCUUAGACCUGCAAUGGAACAAGUCUUCCUUGAGAAAAAGCCAUGUGAAAUAGAUCCGACUCGGGUGAAAGAUGGCAAUACUAUUGAAACGAAUUUAGCGAAUUUAAAGGAAUAUGUCGAGAGAGUGUUUACGGCUAUAACAACGUCAGGAGUAAGAUGUCCGCCUUUAAUGUGCGAAAUGUUCUGGUGUUUAAGAGAACUCGCUGCGACUCAUUUUCCAAGAAAUAAGGAAGUGAGGUAUUCGGUGAUAAGCGGAUUUAUUUUUCUACGAUUUUUCGCUCCUGCGAUAUUGGGUCCAAGAUUAUUUGAUAUUACUACUGAACAAAUUGACUCUCAGACUAAUAGAACGUUAACGUUAAUAUCUAAAACGAUACAAAGCCUUGGGAACUUGGUGUCUUGUAGAGGAGGCGCAGGUAGUGUUUGCAAAGAAGAAUACAUGGAAUGCGUGUAUAGAGAAUUUUACACUGAAAAACAUAUUCAAGCAGUUAAGCAAUUUCUGGAAUUAAUAUCAACCAGUAGUAACAGUAGUGGUGUUACGAGGCAGCGACCAACGAUAUUGCAAGAACAACCAGUGGUCCUCAAAGAAGGAAUAUACUUUCUCUUUAUGCAUACCACUGAUUGCGAUAAGAGAGUAAUGAUUAAACGGGCACAAGGUAGAAAGCGAUUUGGUCGCAAGAAUUUCAAGCAGAGAUAUUUUAGACUUACUACACAAGAUCUGACGUAUUCUAAAACGAAAGGUAAAGAACCUUUGUGUAAGAUACCACUAGAGGAAAUUUUAGCGGUGGAAAGACUUCACGAAGAUUCUUUUAAGAUGAAAAAUAUGUUUCAAAUUGUUCAACCAGAAAGAGCGUUGUACGUUCAAGCUGGUAAUUGCGUGGAGGAAAAGGAAUGGAUCGAUAUUCUUACGAAGAUAUGUCAAACCAACAGUAACCGCUUAGAAAAGUAUCAUCCAAGUGCAUACAUCAAUGGUCAUUGGCUUUGUUGCCGGGCAGUUGCUGAGGUUGCACCAGGGUGUAGUGAGGUAUCGCCGGGCAUGGAAGCUGGAUUACGAAUGGUCCUCGAUCCGGAACGCGAUUUACAGAGGAUACAUUCGCUAAUCUUCACUAAUAUGCCGCGCCUUGAGACAUUGAUGAGUGCAUGUGAAUGCCAGGCGGUUUACGGUGCUAGUGAUAUGCGUGUUAUACCAGAUGGAGGUUCGCCUAUAGAAGAUGUACCUUCUUGUUUCAAGACUUUAACCACAUUAAGAGAAGCUGCAUACGCGUUGGAGCACGAACAUAGAGCCUACUUGAGAAGACUGGCACGCGACACCAAAUAUGGCAGCAAACAAGCUCCCAUUGGUGAUGACAACUACCUCCACUUAGCUAGUAGAGCAGGAUUCGAUAAUCAGUUAACGAAGCGGUCGUACGAGAUGGACGGUCUAAAUCAACGAGGCAUAGAGACGGAACAUUACGACACGGGGUUUUCUAAGAAAAUCGUCGAUAGUCAAAGAUACGAUGACACAUUCAGGAAGUAUCUUGAUUCUGACUCUAUUAAUCGUAGGUACGAAAAUGAAAACAACCUAUUGCGAGCAUACGAAAACAAUGCUGAUACUAUUAGAAGUAUCCAAAAUGAUCUCAAAAAAUUCGAUCAUAGUUUAAACAAUACAUUAAGAUCUGAUAAGUCAGAGAAGAAUGGUAACGAGAAUAUGGAGAAUCAUAAGAGGCUGGAUGGUACCAGUUUACUGACGGCGGAUGGUAUUAAUCUGUCAGGUACAUUGUCGCAGAAAUUCAGUAAUUAUGAUAAUACUAGAGUUUUAGACGAAUGUACGUUGACGAGACGAUUAAAAGACGACGCCCUUGACAUAUCUUGUAACUCAAUGAGCGAGCGUGGCAAUCAUUAAUUUAUCUACGGUGUAAAGAUACAAGAGUUGUACGUUCCUAUAAAUUUUUAAAAAGAAAGAUUCUCGACAGAUUUUAUAUUGGUUGUCUUUUUUUUUAACUAUACAGCUAUCGCCUUCUCUUCAUUUAGGCGAGACUAUAUUUUUUAUCUCUAUAGAGACAUAGGAUUAUUUCUAUCGUGUAAAAAUUAAUGACUGCUGCUUGAGGCAGUUUUCUUUGUUAUGUCUGCAUUUUACGAUGAGUUGCUUGAAUUCGUUUCUUGGAUAUCGCAUAUACGUGAGAGCCAUGAGUGGGAAUGUAAUUUAACGUACCUUUUCGGUUUGUUACCAUGUUGUGCAGAACGUAACAUCUUGUCACCGCGCGCAGAAAUCUCUACUAUUUAUUUAUUUAUUUUCACCUCAUUUCGAUAUGUUGGGGAUAUAUGUGCAUUAACAUGACACUGGCUGUGUUAUUAAUUGCACAAUUUGUAAUCUCAUUCUUUGGAAAGUCGAGUUCUCGCUAAUUGCAAACUCAACGUUAGGUUUAUGCAAUAACGGUUAUUAUUGCAUUGUAUUGAAAAAGAAAUUAGCGUAAUUGAACAUAAUUAUCGUCUCGCGUACACGCGACACACACAUACAUAAUUCCAUUGAUUUUUAAAACAGAAUUAUUCCUUAUUAAUUACAUAACUCUUUAGCAGUCGAUAUUUAUGGCAUAUAACAAACAUACAAAAGACAGAUAAAAAUAUAAAUCGCCUAAUAAUAUUGAAUUGAAUUUUUUUAUUUCAUAAUAUAAUAAAAUUUUAAAUUUUCUGGGCGAAAAUAUAACAAUAUAUUAAAUAAACAUAUUUAAUCGACAUACGCAUAAGAAAAGAUCCAGAUAACGUGCAAUCACGAGCGCUGAAAUUAUAAAAUUUCGUCUUUGUCAUGCCUAAAUAUCAGCAAAUGUUUUUUUCCUGCAUUUAUCAUUUUAAGUUCUUUUCAUAUCUCUUUCCGUUCGAAGAGUUUGAAUCUAAAUUUGUUUGAAAAUAUACACAAAUCUCAUUUUCAACUCCGAUAUUUCGCUAGCUGCUUUACAUACACUCUCACAUAGACUCAGAAAUAUUAUACACAAAGAAAUAUUAGAUCUGCUAACGAUUAAUAAUGAAAGAACAUGGAAGAUCUUACAAUUUUAAACUGUUGAUGGAUAUUACUUUAAUAAUAUUUUGCUUUCGUACUAUUCAUUGUAUAAUGCUAUUAUAAUUGGUCGUAUGCUAAAUGAAUGUUUGAACGAUUUCCUGUGAUAGUGUAUAAUCCAGCAUUCAUCGUAACCUAAGCUAUAAAUUGCUUACGAAAUGUAUUGUCCACAAUUAAUUUGUAAUGUUUAAACCUUUUUAAGAUAUAUAUUUUCUUCAGCAUUUAUUAAAGAACUAUACUCUUAUCUUUAAUUGGGCAACCAUAGAUAAUGAUUGUUGUAAUUAGUAGCAGUUGUUGCUCCAUUUUUUUUUAAAGUCAAUACGUCAUGUACAUAAUAUUGUACAUAAUAUCGAUAUCAAAUUAAAAUAUCAAUUUGUUUAUUAAUAUUUUUGCACAUGCGUACAUAUAAAAAUUUCGGCCCUUAUGUUAAUUUAUUUAGAGCAGGUCUAAGAAAUCUGACAAUAUCUUGUUUUUGUUGUAAUAAUCUGUAAUUAUUUAAGUAAAAAUUCGAGAAGUCUCUAGUAAAAGGUGUGAGGACAUGUGUGUGUAUGUGUGAUUACACAAAUAUAGAAAUAUUAUUUCGUUAAAUCUCAUUUGAAAAUAUUGAUUCUGUAUUAUAUUGGUACAGCGAUUUAUAAUAUAUAGACAAAGUUGCGGAAGCGACUAAUUACGGAAAUUAUUAACACUUGGAAAUUCUCGUAUGUCAAACAACUACAAGCCAUAAUAAUAUUACGACUACAAUCCCUCCAUUCUAGUAGAGAACUGAUACAAUAACAAGUAAAGUAAUAAGAAAAGCCAAUUGUUAAGAAAGGGAGAGUGUACAGUUAUCGUUAUAGUUCAUUAAUAUUAUUAUUAUUAUUAUGAAAAUAUUAUACAGUUUACGAAACUUUAGCUGUACAGUGUACAUAAUUCUCUUUUCCAUGUAUAGAAAGUAGAUCUCCGGAUUAAACAUUUUUAUCUACUUUACUAGGGCGUAAAAUUUAAGAUAACUUUAGCAAAUCUGUAGACAAAUCAAAUCGUUUUAGUCGGAUAUCGAAUAAACUGGAUUAGUAUCGGACCUAGUUUGGAAACUUAACAUAUCCAUACAAGGCCUUUGUGUGUAUAGAGUUAUCUCGCUGUCCAACGCAGAUAAUAGGGGCUAAUGUUGUAUAAUUUGUUAAGUAAAAGCGUUAAACAAAUCGAUGAACAAGUUUACAUGAUGUUAGUUGAUUAUAGAGAAUAUCAAUUCUUCCUUUGUUUCAUACGAUUAUAUUGUAUAGAGAAGUACAAGUUACAUCCUCGAAAUGAAACGCAAUUGAGUCAAUUAAUUCUCAUGUAAAGCGUUAAUGUUACCAGGCACACAAGUUGUGUGCUUGGAUAUAACGUUUAUGCGAUUGGUCGAUAAAAUGGUCGUCAAUCUCGUCGUUAUAAUUGAAGCGAGUUUUCAUUCUAAGGAUUCAAUCUUGUGUUCUCUUCUUCUCCGAUAACACAUUGUUGAUUUUCGCAUUGCAUUUCCAGAUUACAAAUUUAAUUUACACAUUAGGUGAUAGCAGAUAAUCAAGAAGUUUAUACGAGAACGCUUAUGUUAUAUUGUUCGUAACUAGGUAGAUCCGUUGUGGAAUUUUCGGUACAAAAGCCUAAAAUGCUAAGAGAUAAAAUUCCAUGACAGAUCGUUUACAUGCGAGUAAGAAGAUCAAGUUAUUUGGAGAAUCUUAGAAAACUGCAAUGAACCAUAGAUCCGUAAUGUAGCGUACGUUUUUAGAAGUUCAAUGCAGGCAUAUGUGGUAAUUCUACUUAUGAACGGUAUUAUUUAUAUUAAUUUUAUUGUAUUAAUAAUUUAAUAACACUUUUAUAUACUCUUUCGUUGUGUUCACCGAGUAACUAUUGUUAUCUUGUAGAAAAACCUUAGUAUAGACUGUGCCUUAAAAUAUGUCGAGGACCCAAAAACUGUUUCUCUUAAAUCCAACACAGAGCAUUAUAUUUCAUAGAUUAUUUAUUAAAAUCAAGAAUUAGGUGAUGCGCUCUGUAAUAUAUACACCCUCUGUGUAUUUUAAUAUUGUACAUAUGUUUUCUGCAAUAAACAAAAUGUGUCCUCUGAUAUAA